AGUGAUAUAGUUUGAUCUAUGUGAACAAUGUGAAUGUCUUAGUGGAAGCAGGUUGAAGAAAGAAGCGACAUUCAAAAGUAAAUGAACAUAGUGCACCUCCCUUUGUACCGAGUACGAGUAGAAACAGAAACAAGAGAAACAAGAACAGAAUUGCGAUAGCGAAUCUCCCCAUGCGCUCGGCCUCGGCGUGAUGGUCUACUUAUCAGCCAUGAGUCCUGAACAGGAGAGGCUGUGCAUGUCUCCGACGCGGCAGAUUCUGAAUUGGGGCGAUUUACCCGAGGACGAGGACGUGGUUCCUGUUGCCGACGACCUAGGCAGCGAUGCCGAGUGGCUCAGUGAAGACGAGGUCGCGCCGAUGAUCUCGAAUGCGGAUCUGCUGGUGGUAAACCCCAGUGGCCUCAAGAUGGUGCCGGCGACACUAGUGUUCAAACUCCCCCAGGUCUACACGAUCUGGUUCGACGCCCAGCGAAAAAAGGACUACGCCAGCGGAAUAUCAAGAGUACUUGAUUAUUUGCUUCACAAUCUAAUUCGACUAUCAGGUCAUUUCACUUUCAGCUUACGCUUUAAAUCUUCUCACGCUCCGACCGUUUUGCUGAUGUGAUUCAUUGCGGAGAACGAGCAUCGACAAUCAAUAAAACCAGGUUUGCAACGUCGCCACUGUGCAGGAGUUUUGGAGAUGUUGGAACAACAUCAACUUUGGCUUCGCGCAGGGUAGCUUGGGCGUCUUUCGUGAAGGCAUUCGUCCCGAAUGGGAGGAUCCGGAGAAUAAGGAGGGUGGUCGCUGGAUUCUCACGACUAUGAGCCGAGACACGCUGGCGGCAGUGAACAAGAAAAGGUACUACUUGUUACUUUGGAUAGUAGUAUCACUCACAGAUCGUACUAGAAAAAGGCUUUUUUUUUCUGUGUCUUUCCAUGCCUCAUUUUUGUCAAGAGCCUCGUUAUUAAAACCUCCACGAACCCAAUUUCGAAAUUCACGCAGGAUCGACAUGUUUACUGACCUGGUCCUUGGUGUGAUUGGCGGUCACUUUUCGUUUCUCGAGAAGGAGGAUUCGCAGGACGCCAUCUCUGGCGCGGUGUUGUCGCUGGCGAAGGGGCGACAGAAGGUGGAGCUUUGGAACCGCAAGGCCAACAAGGACAAUCUGGUCAAGGUGGAUUACAAAAUCCGGAGUUUGCUCGAUCUCGAGAACAACACGGAUAUGGACGUGGAAAUCACCUACAAGUCCCACUCUGGCUCCUUGCGUCGAACCAUCAAGCGGUCCCACACCACGUCCGGCGCGGCCACCUCGGGCAGAAGCAAACUUUCCCUGAUGGAGCGCGCGCGGACCGUGCCAACGAACGCUAGCCCAACGGCGGAAAUACAGGGUGCAACGUCCAAGCCAGACGUGCAAAGAAGCGACACCGCCGGAGGUACUACUAGCGCUGCUGCGGAAGACAGCGACAGCGUCGCUGAAACUACUACGGCGCGAGGGGUACAACUAACUAGAAAUAACGACCCCUCCGUAGGAGCUGCGUCCUCUCCCUGUUCCUCCGUGAUAUCAACUACAGACGGCGACGAGCAGGUUCGAGAGCCGCUCGCCUUGAAGUCCUCAAGCACGACAACGCGCCGGGUUCUGACCAAGGCCGCGACCGUGAUGGGGACUUGUUACGCGAACUCGCGAGUGCACGAGCUGCCGCGGGGAAGCCUUACUCUCGGGCACGCGAGUUCUACUUCCCGACCGACAAGCACGGACGCAGAAGAGUUCGACCGGGAAUUUUCCUACCUGUCAUCCGUUUCCUCCGGGGCCGCGCUCCCCUCCGUCGCCGAGGAGGAGCCGCAGAAGGAGGGGGCGGAAGUUGUAGAGAAGGAGCAGCGCUCAUCUGCUUCCGUAGAACAAACCACCCCGUGUGCACCAUCAAGUGCGCGGAAGACGACCGGGUCUGCAGCAGAUUCUUGCUCCCCGGACAUCAAAGACGACCAGGCCAGCGCCGCAUCAAAUCUUGCAUCGCGGUUACUGUUCGACGCAGAUACGACACCGGGCAGUUCUCUGUCAAAAUGCGAGAACGAGUCGCCGAUAAGCAUGGCAUCUACGUCCGCCCGCGAUUGAGGGGAAAAACUGUGCAGGAAUAGGAUCAUUCCCUCUUUAUCUGCAAGAGCAGACCGCGACAUUCAUUUGCAACAUCGACAUAUUGAGCAUAAAUCGAUUUUUUGCAUCGGAAUUUGCCACGCGUGUUGUAAUAGAAAUUCAAAUAAACGACGAGAAACAACUCGCAAAAACAGUAUAGCAGAGCACAGUUUUAAUCGCUCCAU